UUAUUCACAGAAGAAAGCAGGUGGUAUACUGUUACAAUACUACAGUAGAAAGUCAGAAGGUCACAAAGCUUGCAGGGUAACUGACUCAACUUGAAACUGCUUGGCCCCCUUUAAAAAGAGAUAAUAAAAUGGGAGAGAAUGAAGCAACUUUACCUAACACGUCUUUGCAAGGUAAGAAGAUGGCCUAUCAGAAGGUCAAUGCAGAUCAAAGAGCUCCAGGACACUCACAGUUCUUAGACAAUGAUGACCUUCAAGCUACUGCCCUUGACUUAGAGUGGGACAUGGAGAAGGAACUGGAGGAGCCUGGUUUUGACCAGUUUCAGCUCGACAGUGCUGAGAAUCAGAACCUGGGGCACUCAGAGACUGUAGACCUCAAUCUUGAUUCCAUUCAACCAGGAAUUUCACCAAAAGGAAGGUUCCAACGACUUCAAGAAGAAUCUGACUACAUUACCCAUUAUGCAAGACCUGCACCAAAGAGCAACCGCUGUAACUUAUGCUACCUUUUAAAAAUACUUUGCACAGCCACUAUUUUAUUUAUUUUUGGAAUUGUGAUAGGUUAUUAUGCACAUAAAAAUUGCCCUUCAGAUGCAACAUCUUCAGGAACAGUUUAUCCUCAGUUAUACCAAGAAAUUCUCAAGACAAUCCAAGCAGAAGAGAUUAAGAAGUCUUUCAGAAAUUUCAUACAACUGUAUAAAAGUGAAGAUGACAUGGAAAUUUCAAAACAGAUUAAGACUCAUUGGACUUCUUUGGGCCUAGAAGAUAUACAGUUUGUAAAUUACUCUGUGCUGCUUAAUCUGCCAGGCCCUUCUCCCAGCACUGUGACUCUGAACAGCAGUGGCCAAUGCUUCCUUCCUAAUGGCCAGCCUUGCAGCGAAAAAGCCAGAAAAGACAGCAGCCAAGAUCUCCUCUACUCAUAUGCAGCCUAUUCUGCCAAAGGAACUCUCAAGGCUGAAGUCAUUGAUGUGAGUUAUGGAACUGCAGAUGAUUUAAAAAGGAUUAAAAAAAUGAAAAAUGUAACAAAUCAGAUUGCACUCCUGAAAUUAGGAAAACUGCCACUGCUUUAUAAGCUUUCCUUAUUGGAAAACGCUGGAUUUGGAGGUGUCCUUCUAUAUAUUGAUCCUUGUGAUUUACCAAAGACUGCAAAUUUUAGCCAUGAUACCUUCAUGGUGUCACUGAAUCCAGGAGGAGAUCCUUCUACGCCUGGUUACCCAAGUGCUGAUGGAAGCUUUCGACAAAGCCGAUCGAACCUCACCUCUCUGUUAGUGCAGCCCAUCUCUGCAUCCCUCGUGGCAACGCUGAUCUCUUCAGUGAAAACUAGAACCAAAAGUGAUGUCUGUAGCCCUCUAGAACUUCCAAAUAAUGAAAUAAGAAUUGUCAGCAUGCAAGUUCAAACAGUCACGAAAUUCAAAACAGUUACUAAUGUUGUUGGUUACGUAAGGGGCUUGGCAUCUCCAGACCGGUAUGUUAUAGUCGGCAGCCACCAUCAUACUGCAUACAGUUAUAAUGGACAAGAAUGGGCCAGUAGCACUGCAAUAAUCACAGCUUUUAUCCGGGCCUUGAUGUUAAGAGUUAAGAGAGGGUGGAGACCAGACCGCACUAUUGUUUUCUGCUCGUGGGGAGGAACAGCUUUUGGCAAUAUUGGCUCAUAUGAAUGGGGAGAGGAUUUCAAGAAGGUUCUGCAGAAAAAUGUUGUGGCUUAUAUUAGUCUCCAUAGUCCCAUACGGGGUAACUCAAGUCUCCAUCCUGUAGCAUCACCAUCUCUUCAGCAGCUAGUAGUAGAGAAAAAUAAUUUCAACUGUACCAGAAGAGCUCAGUGCCCCGAAACCAAUGUCAGUUCUGUACAGAUACAAGGUGAUGCUGAUUAUUUCAUCAACCAUCUUGGAGUUCCCACCGUGCAGUUUGCUUAUGAGGACAUCAAGGCAUUAGAGGCUCCAAGUUUUCUCUCCGAGGCUCUUUUUCCUAGACAUGCAACAAAAAUUGAAGAAAUGGAUCCUUUUUUCAACCUUCAUGAAACUAUUACCAAGCUCUCAGGAGAAGUGAUUUUGCAAAUUGCCAACGAACCAGUUCUGCCCUAUAAUGCUCUCGAUAUAGCUUUAGAAGUUCAAAACAGCCUUAAAGGUGAUCAACCCAACACUCGUCAACUGCUAGCGCUGGCCUCACGCCUGCGGGAGAGUGCUGAACUCUUUCAGUCAGAUGAGAUGCGACCUGCUAAUGACCCCAAGGAGAGAGCUCCUGUCCGCGUCCGAAUGCUGAAUGACAUUCUGCAAGACAUGGAGAAAAGCUUCCUGGUGCAGCAGGUGCCACCAGGUUUUUAUAGAAAUAUCCUGUACCACCUUGAUGAGAAGACAAGCCAAUUUUCAAUACUUGUGGAGGCUUGGGAGCACUGCAAGCCACUUGCAUCAAAUGAGACCCUUAAAGAAACCCUAUCAGAAGUGUUGAACAGCAUUAAUUCCGCUCAGGUUUACUUCAAAGCAGGACUUAAUGUGUUCGAGAGUGUCUUGGUUGGAAAGAACUGAGAAAACUCUCAGCAUUUUAAAAAAAUGUGUUUACAAUUCCACAAGCAAAAGCUCUAAUCUGACCAUAUUUUCUAACAUUGAAGUCUUGUUUCCCCCAAUGGCUUUUUGACAAGUGUAAAGAUAUUAUUACAUUGUAUUUUUUAAAUGUAAAUAUAAAAAAAGCAUUUUGCACAUUUAAUAUUUUUCUGAUAUCUACAAUUCUGAAUAUAUAAAAGCAAGUUACUGAAAUAAUACUUAAGAUUUAUCUAUUGAAAAGAAAUCUGCUGUAUUUUUAUAUAUAUAUAUAAACUAUUUUGGGGAAAAGUUGCAAGAAGUUCUGGACAAUCUUUGCUCCUAUGGGCAGAAUACAUAGGAAUACAAGUUAUUCCCUUUGAUAGAGCUAUUAAUGACCUAGUUUCUGUAAUAGAAAUGGAGAGUUGAUGUGGUUUCAGGUUAACUUCACUAUUAAGUGUUCAAUAUGAAGAAUUCAAGUAUUCUGAGUGAUUCAUUGACCAAAGUACUUUGAAUGUUUCUAUUUUAUGAAAUGAAGUUCCUAUUCUUAACACAACUAGAUGUAGUAAUACACUGGUUAUGAAAUUGUAUUUUUUAAGUAUUAAUGAAAAAAAGAGCCAUAAACAUUCCAGGGAAAAAUCUCAAGGUAGCUGCACAGAACAAUUUAAAUGCAAAUUUCUUUCCUAACAACUUAUAAAGUGACUAGCUUUGAAACCCCUAAUUUGCCUCAGUUGAUUUUGUAAGAAUUUUAGAAGUGAUGUAUGACUUGUGAGGGAGAAAAAUUUUUCACUUUUUUUUUUUGUGUUGGAACCAUUGAAACAGAAGCUACUCUAAAAUGAAAGCAUCUCACCUUGCUUUUCCUUCUUGUAUCUUUUCUGAAACUCCUUGCUAUAAGGCAGUUUUCACAGAAUACUGUAUAAUAUCCACAUGAAAGUAGCAAAGUUUUUCUUUGAAAACUCACAAUAUCUUAUAAAGCAUCAAACUGCUACUUCUGUCUCUGACAAAAAGGAGUUACUAUGAAAGAAGUAGUUGUUUUUAUCAAUAAAAGUUACUUAAUUCUGUGAGGAAACUUGAAAUUUUUUUCUUCUUUAUCCUUAAUUGUGACUGAUGGAAAUGUAGCAAAUACUCAUGCUUCCAGUUUUAUGCAGUGUUACCGUGAGAGAGUGUCUCUUCCACACUUCAGUUAUCUCAUGUGGAAAAUUAAGCUUUUCAUAUUGACAUUGUCAUUGAAUAGCACUAGCAUCUGUUAUUCCCUGAAACCCUAAAAUUCUGCUUAUUGGAUGACAGGUUAAACUUUUAUUUUACCUUUAGAAAUUGAUUUGAAAAAUGUUCUUCUAAUAUUAGAUAAAGCAAUUCCCCUUAGGAAACACCCUCCGAAUGUUUCAUAUAAAUUUUCUCUACCUGACUCAAUACUCAAACAUACUUCCCCAUUACACACUGCUAGAGCAACAUUGCAGACAAUUGCUAUAUGUCUAAAUCUUCACUUUUUAUGGAUGACCACAAACCUAAUCACAGUUUAAAGAAAAGCUAAAGUUGAGGGGAAAGAAUUAAUCAGUAUUGAUUAAUUGAUUUAUAAGGGUCAACUGUUCCUACCACAAGUAAUGUUUAUGUGCUCAAGGCAAAAUAGAGAAUUGAGGCAAUUAGCUAGAUAAUUCAAGCAGAAAUCCAUUUACAUCUAAAUUGCCCAUGUGCACACAUUUUUACAUGAGAAAUGAAACCACCUUACAAUUUUAUUUUUUUUAACCAAUGUACUUGUUUGAAAAUAUCUGCCAUGUUGAAGAAUGUGUAUAGAAAAAGUCUAAAAGGAUCAGGCUCCUGCCUGCCUUGACACGAAUGCUGUUUCUUGCUCUGCAGAGAUGGAGCAGAGAAGAGGUGAGAACACACGUACAGGCCCAUGUGGGCCCAAUAGUACAAUGUCUUAGACCAAAGGAUCUUAAAUAUUCAAUCAAAGGUCAAUAUGUUCAUUCCAGUUUUUAUUUGGAGUUGAAUUUAAAACAAAGAAAGGCAGACAAUUAUCAGUUUGGUACUUUAUCAUUUUAGAAGAGAAUCCUAAAAUAUAUUCACCCCCUAUAACCUAAAAUAGCAUUGAGAGCAGAAAAUAUUUUUCUUCUUCAUUUUUGUUUAAAGAUUCUGUACCCCGGUAAAUCACAUUGCAGAAUCUUAUUCUGUAUUCCUCACGUCUAAAUUAUAUGGUAUUUGCUAUUUGAAAACUGCUGUCGACUAUGGACUAAUGUGUUUGUAUUAGUCUAGUUAAGGGAUUAUGUGAAGAAACUACAUUAUAAUUCAAGCAGAUGUCCAAUCAUCCUAUAGAUGUUGCUGUAGAUCUUUGACGGCAACAAACCUCUUAACUAGCAACAUUACUGCUAUGGCAUUAUUACCUUGGGAUUCCUGCAAAUUUAUAUUAUUUUACUCUUCUCCUCAAUUGAUCCAAGUAAAUAAUAUCCUGAGCAAGUUAA